AUGUGGCCAGUGCUGUUUGGUGUGUUCACUGCUUUGGCGGUGGCCUGGGUGACCGUCUACAUUCUAAAUUAUUCCAAGAGAAAGAGGGUCUUUUCCCAGGAGUGCCUGCGACCACCGAGGCCAUUGGUGACCGACAAGAAGCAGAGAGACGAGGUGCUGAAGAAAGGUUUCAGAGUGGACCGUGUCCCGGAGAACCUUGACGCUAUAGUGAUUGGCAGCGGUAUCGGGGGGCUGACAGCAGCAGCGGUUCUAGCCAAAGCAGGGAAGAGGGUUGUGGUUCUAGAGCAGCAUGACCAGGCUGGAGGGUGCACUCACACCUUUGAGAACCAGGGCUUUGAGUUUGACGUAGGGAUCCACUACCUGGGCCAGCUCCAUGAGAACAGCAUGUUCCGUGUGGCCCUGGACCAGAUCAGUGAGGGCCAGAUCCAGUUCAACAGGUUGGAGCAGCACUUUGACACGCUGAUCCUAGGUCAGGGUGAAGACCGCAGGGACUACCACAUCCUCUCUGGGAAGACAGAGAUGGCAGAGAGCCUGAAGAGGCAGUUUCCUGAUGACGUGGAGGCCUUGAAUGAAUAUUUCAAGUAUAUGAAGAAGGCAGCUCGUCGUAUCAAUCUCCUGGCCGGCCUCAAGAUGAUGCCCAUGUGGCUGGUAGACUUCCUGGCUCGGACCGGCCUAUUAGAGCGCAUCUCCUCAGUGUUCCGCAUGGCCAUCACCAAACACACAGAGAAGAUGGCCACACUGACCAAGAACAAAGACCUGCACGCCCUCUCCGCAUACCUCUUCUAUGGUGUUCCCCCUAAGGAAUCCAGUUUCCUAAUGAAUACUCUACUGCUGCAGCACUAUAAGAGGGGAGCCUACUACCCCAUUGGAGGGGCCAGUGAGAUCGCCUUCCAUAUCAUCCCAGUCAUCCGGAAGGCAGGUGGCGCUGUGCUGGUCAGAGCCCCUGUACAGAGGGUCCUUCUGAAUGAGGAGGGCUCAGCGUAUGGUGUGACGGUGAGGAAAGGUCAGGAGGAGGUGGAGGUGUUGGCUCCAGUGGUCAUCUCCAACGCUGGCAUCUUCAACACCUUUGAGAAGUUCCUGCCCCCAGAGAUACAGGCCAAGCCGGACAUCCAGGCCCUGCUGGGGAGGAUGCAGCAUGGAAUGGGCAACUUCCUGGUGUUUGUGGGUCUGGACGGCACGAAGGAGGAGCUGGGCAUCACCUCUAUGAACUACUGGAUGUACAAAGAAAACGACCUGGACACACUGAUGGAGCGCUACAGCUCCCUGAGCCGAGAGGAGGUGGUGGGGAACAUCCCCAUGAUGUUCAUUCAUUCCCCCUCUGCCAAAGACCCCACCUCCGGUACCCGCCGUCCAGGGAAGUCCUGUAUGACUCUGUUGACCAUGGCCAAGUUUGAGUGGUUUGAGGACUGGAAAGAUACCAAGAUAAACAAGAGAGGGCCCGAUUACGAAGACCUGAAGAUGAGCAUGGCCAAGGAGCUCCUAGACUGGGCACUGGUUGUCUUCCCUCAGCUCAGGGAUAAGGUGGUGUAUAUGGAGGCUUCCACUCCCCUGACCAACAUGCACUACUUGGGCGCCCCACGUGGGGAGAUGUAUGGGGCUGAACACAACCUGGACCGCUUCAGCCCGGAGACGGUGGCCAGAACCCGGCCCCCCACCCCCGUCAAGGGACUCUACCUCACUGGCCAGGACGUGUUCUGUAACGGGAUGGCCGGUGCUCUGCACGGGGGAAUCCUGUGUGCCUCGACAGUUCUGGACCGUAUUCUCUACAUGGACCUCCUAGCGCUGAAGAAACAGCUCAAAAAGCAGACUCGUGAAAAGGCUCGUAACAAGGCCUGA